AUGUCGAAAAUCACGGUCGCUGGUGUGCGUACCAACGUGCAGCAACUCCUCCACUACUCCAAUGAAGAAAAGAAGCGCAACUUCCUCGAGACUGUCGAGCUCCAAAUCGGCCUCAAGAACUACGACCCGCAGCGUGACAAGCGUUUCUCGGGCACCGUCAAGCUCCCCCGUGUCCCGCGCCCGGGCAUGAGCGUCUGCAUCCUCGGUGACCAGCAUGACAUCGACCGCGCGAAGCAUCUGGGGAUCGACGCCAUGUCCUCCGAGGACUUGAAGAAGCUCAACAAGAACAAGAAGUUGAUCAAGAAGCUGGCCCGCAAGUACGACGCCUUCGUCGCCUCCGAGACCCUCAUCAAGCAAAUCCCCCGUCUCUUGGGUCCAGGUCUUUCCAAGGCCGGCAAGUUCCCCACCCCAGUCUCCCACGCCGAAGACCUCAACAACAAGAUCACCGAAGUCAAGUCUACGAUCAAGUUCCAGUUGAAGAAGGUGCUGUGCAUGGGUGUCGCCGUGGGCAACGUGGACAUGACGGAGGAUGAGCUGAUCGGCAACAUAAUGUUGUCCAUCAACUACCUCGUCUCGCUGCUGAAGAAGGGCUGGCAGAACGUGGGCAGCCUCACCAUCAAGGGUACGAUGUCGCCGCCAAAGCGUCUCUACUAG